UUGUCAACUUCCGCGCCUCAUACGAAACAGUCGGGGGCAGGCUAGUAUGGGUCACCUCAAACAAGUCUUUGAAAACACAUCCAGCCCGUGCCGCUGUCGCCCCGCACAAGUACUGCAAUACGCAUAGAAGUUUUACUAGGAGUGGCGAGAAUGCACCGUUUCAUUUGGUUUGCCAUCCGCCAUAAAACAUCUGAAGAAGCGGCAUCGCGGCGGUAAACAUGGCGGAAAACAGGGAGAAAGGUUUACAAGACUACAGAAAAAAAUUAUUGGAACACAAAGAGAUCGAUGGACGUCUUAAAGAAUUACGAGAGCAGUUGAAGGAGCUCACAAAACAGUACGAGAAGUCUGAAAACGAUCUGAAGGCUUUACAAAGUGUGGGGCAGAUUGUGGGUGAGGUGCUGAAGCAACUAACAGAGGAGAAAUUUAUUGUGAAAGCUACCAAUGGCCCCCGCUACGUUGUUGGAUGUCGUAGACAGCUGGAUAAAACCAAGCUAAAACCUGGUACCAGAGUGGCCCUGGACAUGACAACUCUUACUAUAAUGAGGUAUUUGCCACGUGAGGUGGACCCACUUGUGUACAACAUGUCCCAUGAAGAUCCUGGCAGUGUUUCUUACUCCGAGAUUGGUGGAUUGUCUGAGCAGAUCCGUGAGCUGAGAGAGGUCAUUGAGCUACCUCUGACCAAUCCUGAGCUGUUCCAGCGGGUAGGCAUAAUCCCUCCUAAAGGCUGCCUCCUUUAUGGACCUCCAGGCACUGGAAAGACUCUACUUGCCAGAGCUGUGGCCAGCCAACUAGACUGUAAUUUCCUUAAGGUUGUGUCCAGCUCCAUUGUGGAUAAGUACAUUGGAGAAAGUGCUAGACUUAUCAGAGAGAUGUUCAACUAUGCCAGAGACCAUCAGCCUUGCAUUAUAUUCAUGGAUGAGAUUGAUGCAAUUGGUGGCCGUAGGUUUUCUGAAGGAACAUCAGCGGAUAGAGAGAUACAGAGGACACUAAUGGAGUUGCUGAAUCAGAUGGAUGGAUUUGACACUCUGCAUAGAGUCAAGAUGAUCAUGGCCACCAACCGACCAGACACCUUAGAUCCUGCUCUUCUGCGUCCUGGCCGACUGGACAGAAAGAUCCAUAUUGAGUUGCCCAAUGAGCAGGCUCGGCUGGAUAUUCUGAAGAUCCACUCAGGGCCCAUCACAAAGCAUGGUGAUAUAGAUUAUGAAGCCAUUGUCAAACUCUCAGAUGGUUUUAAUGGAGCUGAUUUGAGGAAUGUGUGUACUGAGGCUGGAAUGUUUGCCAUUCGUGCGGAUCGUGAUUUUGUGACUCAAGAGGAUUUCAUGAAGGCUGUUAGGAAGGUGGCAGAUUCUAAGAAGCUUGAGUCCAAGUUGGACUACAAACCAGUAUAAAACCACAUUUUUUGUCAAGUAAAAACGUCAGGGUUUUUGUUCGGUAAUCAAUAUACUGACCAUGGACACAUUUUUUCCAACAUUUACGCACAUUCUGAUGUUAUAUUUCCAUUUUUACCUUUGCUUAACAGUUGUUUAAUUGCAUAGCUCCAAUUUGAUUAAAAUUUUCACCUGUUGGCCAUGUUUGUUAAACAAAAAAUGAUAUGAUAUUAGAAAUCUUUGAGAAGAUUUGUUUAAAACACUGUGUGCCUGGUCUGCUUCUUGCAUUGUAAAAGACAAUAACAGAUGAAGCACUUCCAUGUUGUUUCUAAGAAGGCUGUCCUAUUUUAAAUUCAGUUUUUGGCUUUCAACAUAAUGAUGUUUUCCUAGGGCUGUUUUUUUUAAAUGGUGUUAACACUAUCUUUUUCCAAAUUUUAGACCAAUCAUGCCAUCCAUUGGGAAAAUAAAUUCUAGGAGGUCAUUUAUAACAUUUAUAAACCCUGGUUUAAUGAUAAUUGUAUGAAAACAGCACGCAAUCUUCAACACCUGCAUGACCAUUUAAAAGUCACAUGAAAGUUGUCUUCGGUUUUCCAAAAAAUAAUAUAAAAGCUAAAACCAAGAACUAAAAACAAGAGUUUGAGUUAAAUGGAAAAGGAUGGCUAAAUUGAGGAUUGUGUGCCAUCGCUAAUUGUAUUGAACUAUCUGCAUCAUACUGAAAAUCAAGGAUUAUUUAAAAAAAGUUUUGGAUGAGCACAAUGUAAUCAUGUUAUACACACAUAUAUAUUACACAGAGCCAAGUAUAUUACUUACGAAAUUAAAUCAGUUACAGAUUACAUGACACAAUUUGUAGUCAUUAAUGUAAUCUCUUAGAUUACACAUUUUUGGUCAUGAAUCUGACUACUUGGAUUACAUUUAUAUUACUUGUUAGUUCCAUUUUAUUGGAUGUUACAUAACAGCCCCGUUCCACACAGAGAUCCUGGAAAAUACACAGGAAAUCGUUAUAUUUUGUUCAUUCAUACUGACAGAGAUUUUCACACACAUCCCGUGAAGAUCCCCUUUCAUAUAUUGCAAUGUAAAAAUAGGGUUGAUCUUGUUGAAAAAUAUUUCCUUGCUGUGUUUUUAGGUGGAUAAAUAGUGCAAUUUGUUAUUAAUACUGCCUUCCUUUAUUAAGUGAUAAAGAGGCCUAAAUAAUC